AUGAGCUCGAACGAGAACACAGCGGACGAUUACGGUGAAGGUAGCGAGAGUUCAGACGAGAGAAAUGCUGCUCUGGCCAAAGAGAACAACAAACUCAAUCAGGUGAUCAGGCAAUUCCACGUCAAGGCUGCCCUUACUAUCACAUCUUUGCGGAUUUCUCAUCCACCGAGCUUCAACAAUGAGGGCGCGAGAAGAUACAACAAAUGGUUCAACGUUGUCAUAGAAGAGACCGAUGCACUCCUAGACGAUCUAGCGGAGUGGAGGCAGGCGAACGUCAUCGAGGCCCGGACACCUCGCCUUCUCGUAGAAAUCUACCUGGACUUAGAGGACCUUGCUCCUAAUCAGACCUUGGUUAUACUCGACCAAGAUGAUAAGGCAUGGGAUGUCAGGGAAGCGCUCAAUCAGUCUGCGGACUUCAACCCAAAGCCGACGCGCCUCCCUGAGAAAUUAACCCAAGUUGUGCUAGAGCGUUGGUGUAUUGAAGUUGGAGACAGGGUCGUUACCGAUCCUGAGACGCCUCAGGAUCCACUUCCGAACGUUUACAAGAGGGGUGUCGUCUUGUUCAGGUCUCUCUACACCCAAUGCUUGCUGCUUCCGGCUUCGAAGUACUAUCGAAACAUCGCUAAGUUGCCUGCUACUAUACCUUCAUUAAGGCCGAAAUACCGAAUAUCGAACGGCGAGUUCAAGAGUCCAAGACGGGAUACCCUAAACUUAGCUUUGCACCCGACUCAGGAGCCAGUGACGGAUUCAUACCGAUUCAGUCCUUCUAAAUCUCCCGUCGGGCCCCUCUGCGUCUCCGUAGAUUACCGGAUGAACUGCGACUUCAGGGUAGACGACGCUGAAUCCUACUUAAGCUCGCAGUUCAUGGGCGUUGAGGAGCCGUACUUCAAACCGUCCCUUGCUGCGGGUGCGCGAGCUGUAGAGCACGUACCUGGAUCGCUACCAAUCGAUCGAAGCCAUUUGGCUGGUGAGCCGGACCGAAGUCAGGCUUAUGGCAGCCUAUCAACGUACCACCAGGUUGGUCCUGCGACGGGAACGAGUCCUAUUUCUGCUCUUAGAGCUGUAAGGGACAUGCCCUCUCAAUCGCCCCAGGAAUCGCCGCCUCAAAAACUACCACCUAAUCACCGUAUCGCACAGGGGUCCAAAUCGUCGCUGCGGUCCAACGAGGGUGUUCCAGCUUACCAGCGACGUCCUUCUGUCUCCUUCCAGCCUUUCAAAGCAGGCUCGCUCUCAUCAUCGCCUGCGCCAGCUUUGUACGUGCCGCCCUCGCCUGGAAGCUCUGCGCCAAGGACUUCAGGCCUCUCGGCUCUCCAGCAAGCUCGGAACAGGAACUCCUUGAACGCGCUCCCGCAAACCGCAUUGAGAACCCCUUCGAUCCCCAAUGAGACAGCAAUCGUGUCGUCAGCCUCGGGUUCUCCCAAGCCCGCACCAAUCAGCCGCUUCAGCAGUAGCUUCGGCAACCGACGUAGUCGGUUUUCCUCCGGCGGUACGAGUAAAACUGAGGAAGACAACACCAGCAGCGGAAAGGCUAGCCUUAACUCAUCUGCUCAGCGUGGCUCAGGCACUCUGAACGAGGGAGAGGGCACGAGCUCGGGCUCCGUACACACGGACGAGGGCGACAUCUCAGACUUCCUCAAGCAGCUCGAAAGCAACAAAGAGCUCAAAAGCUUCAGUCACAGCGAUGUGGCCUCCCGAGAUGCCGCGACUAGGCGGACGAACGCGCAACUCUCGAAAUUCCGAAGUAUCAAAGACUCCAACGCGACGACUGCCCUAUCCGACUCGUUAUACUCAUCCCUAAUACUACAUCGUUCUUCGAGCUCGUCGAGCCGUCAGCUUUCGAGUGUUCCGGCCAUGAUUGCCGGAACAUCGGUCUCAACGUCGUCCUCUCCCGGGAAGCCCAUCUCUCCUCACACACCACAUACACCUGCCAUUCCUUCCCGCCUGAGCGCCCACAGCGUCCUCGCUGACGACACAGAGCCAACGCGGAGCAGAAGCCGCAGCAGACGAAUCAUCCCACCGCACCCUGAGGAACAGCUCUCCCGCCCCGGCAGCUCCAGCGACGCCACAACACGCGAAGGCACUACAGCCAUCCCCAUCCCCACGUCCCCGCACCCGUGGCAGAUCAACCGCCGUUCCAGCUCCGUCUCCCAGCAACACCGCGUCCUCGAAGAAGAGCUCGACAGCUUCGGCAUGCGCAGCGCCAGCCUACCCAACGACGAGCGGCCGGAUCUUAGCCUGAGCGAGCUGCUCCACCUGCACGAGCCCAGCACUACCGCGGCUGGCGCACAAGUCCAAUCAGGCGACGGCACCGUCGAGACCGAGUCUUCUGACCGCAGCCGGCCUGAAUCUCGCGGUUCGCGGCCUACGUCGGCAGCGGGCUUUGGAGCGCCGGGAGGCGCAUCGCUGCCUCUGCGCAGCCGACUCGGUCGCCCGGCGUAUGCUAGACGAGGCUCGUCGUCUGCGCAGGGUUCGUCGAGGGAGUUGGGUGCGGCGGGGGGCAGGUCGAGAUGGAGUUUCCGCGCCGCUACGGCGGACGAUGAGGAGCCGCUGCUGUUCACGAUGAGCGAGCUAGAGAACCAGCAGGGGUCGAGGAGGAGUAUUGAGGAAGGGAGACGGGGGAGAGGGAGUUCGGGGUGGCGUUAG